UCGACCGGGAAAAGUCGGGCAAAUUUCAAGCGCUCCUCUGUUACUCACGUUUUCUACGAAAUACUGAGUCCAAAAAACCGUUGUUUAUUGGCAGUUCUCAGGCUUUUACGAAAAAGAAAAACAUGACGAAAUGUUGUUGUUGAAAACGAGAAAUAAAUACAAGUGAUUCAAAGAAUAAAAAAUAAACGAAACAACGAAAAUAAUAAAGAGAAAUUACACAUCUGAUCUAUACGAGAAGAAAAGAAAAGUUCUGUGCAGCAAUAUACGAAAGCGAAAUUCCAUUUGGUGUAUGUGGAAUCUCCGAUGAUGGUGUUGUGAAAUCAAAAAGUAAAGAAACCCCAAAGCUACAGAUACUCUCUUCGCGAGCGGCAGCUGCAAACGCAUCCAAGAAGUGUGGAAUCGCCGGGACAUUUUGCAUGAAAAUUGCAGCAAAAAAAGAAUCACCCUGCAUGGCUAUACGACAAUGUCCAAUGCUCGCGAGCUGGCAUUGAUCGAGAAAUGGGCUGACAUUGCAACGCCGGCGACGCCGAAUCGGCCAACACUAUCGCCAACAUCGCCGCCAGCACUCCAUCGAUCCAUCGUGAAGUUCUGCUGCUGUCCGCAGCGGAGGCGCUACAAUCUGAAGCAGGCCAAGAGCCACGGGGGCAGCGACAAGUCGAAUGUGAACACGCUGCAUGCCAGAAAUAUAUUCGUCGAUAGCGAUUUCAGCUAUAUUGAUGAUGUGCCGCGGCGACGCCAAGAUUGCCACAGCGAUUACGACGAUUGCAACUACGACUACGACUACGACUGUGGCGGCGAUAAAGCAGAUGAGGAGGCCAAUGAUGUCGCUGCUGCUUCAAGAGACGACGGAAAUGUGGCGCUGAUAUUAAUGAAUCAACGAAAUCUUUCCGAACAAUGGCGGCAGAACAACAAAGGCAACAGCAGCAGCAGCAGCAACAGCAACAAAGCAGCAACUAAAACUUGCGCUGUCACAAAGAGCCCGCAAAGUGGCAAUGAGCAAGAGCAACACCAGCAGCAGCAACAGCAACAGCAGCAGCAGCAGCGACAACCAACCCAAAGACUAAGCAAUAGCUUGCAAGAGCAGCAGCAACACUUGCAACAGCAACAGCAACAGCAACAUAGCAAUAAGGAAAAUACACUAAGCUACGACAACAACAACAAGCCGCACUGUAAUUAUUGUAAAUUACCCGACACCGCCGAUCCCCAAACGAAUAGCAAUAGCAAUAGCAACUCGAAAAUUGAUUCACCGAAGUCGUCGCAGAAUAAAAUGACAAUUACGACAGCGACGGACACAGAAACAGAAACUGAAACAGCAACUACAACUGGCGAGUGUGGGCUGCCAGCAGCAACAACAGUCGCAGCAGCAACAUCCGAAGAGUUUGUGGGUGCUGCCACAGAAGUGCUGUGCAGCGAUAAAGCAACAUUGACAGCGGCAACACCAGCAACACCAGCAACAACUGCUGCAACACCUAAGCCCCGCAUUGCGGCGCGUCCGACCACGCCCUGCCGCCUUAAGACUGUGAUCAAAACGACAAUGGUGAAGCGAAGUCCUAGCCAUGACUCAACGGCAACGGCAACAGCAGCACAUGUGUUGCUGCCACACAGCUGCAGCAGCAACAGCAACAGCAGCAGCAGCAACAUCGGUGCCCAUGACGAGCCCAGACGUUCGGUUAGGGAGCGCAUCGCCGCCUUUGCGGCAGGAAAUGAGCAACAGCAACAGCAACAGCAACUGCAGGCAGCGCGGCAACAUGACAAAGUCAAGAAGUUAACGAAAAUGCAGCGCAAUAGCAAUACAAAUCAAAACAACAUGACAGGAGAAGAUGUGAAAAGUGCAAUUAGCAGCAGCAGCAGCAGCAGCAGCAGCAGCAGCAACGAACAGCAGCAGCAGCAACAUCAAACGCUUAUCAACGGUCAGCCAGCGACUUUGCCGGCAGCAACAGCAGCAGCAACAGCAACAGCAGCAACAGGAGGAGUUGCAGCAGCAACAUCCGCGGCAGCAACAUCUGGCCGCACGUCAGCAAUCGCCGCUGACACGACGCGCUACAAAUCGGGAUUAAGUGAUGUGGCGGCCAACGGAGACGUUGAUGGUCGGCCGACUUCAUCUGCCACCACAUCUGUUGUGGCAACUGCCGCUCCGAGCGUUUUUAGCACCGGUUGUGCAACCAUGCCGCGAACUCGCCAAUACGGAAGCAACGUCGCCGCUGCACUUGCAACAGGAGCAACAUCGGCAACAUUGGCAACAUCGGCCACAGCGGCCACGGGAGCAACAUCGCCAGGCAGCCACACCAUGACAGCUGAUAAGAAAUUCUUAAGCCAGGCGGCGCCCGUUCAGGGGCAUCAUCAUCAUAAGCUGCCAUUUGCCGAUAAGGCCGACUCCGAAUUGGCCGCACUGGACAAUCUGGACCUGGCUCACAGCCUGGAUUUAUUGGACGUCGAUGGCGAGGAUCCGUACGGCGCUUUGCAGGAGUAUCUGGAGCGUGUCAAGCGGGAAAUCAACGAGGUCUUCGAGCUGCGCAAGGUCCAGCGCUUGGAGCAGCAGCUCCGUGAGCAGCUGGAGGAGCGGCUAUCGCAGGCAGGAGUCCAGCAGCUUGAUGAAUUGUCUCGUUCCACGGAAUCAGAUAGCGGCUUUGACAGCAGCAGCACCACAGCCACAUCGGGCACACCAGCAGCAACAGCAGCAGCAGCAGCAGCAAAAGCAGCAGCAGGAGCAGUCACAUCGGGAAAGCCAGUGACAACUAAACUAAGGGCACUGCCUCCGCCGCCCCUCAGUCCCCACAGUCCCAGCAAGACCACGACGAACUCCAUGCCCACCCCACCUGUCCAGGCGGACGAUGUUAACAUUUGGGCCUGCAAGUUCCUACGUGAUCUGGACAGCCUGAUGGCCGCCGGCGAUAAGCUGCCCCCGCAUCUGGCGGCCCUGGCCGAAGGAUCCGGUUCCGGUUCGGCCGGCAGCUCGCCCACCUCCAGGACGGCGCCCAUCCUGCUGUCCGCAGCUGCCUCGGCGGCCAUCCAGAGUCGCCUCGGCAAGGGCUCAUCAUCCAUCAUGGAACAUCAACUGCAGCAGCACCAGCAGCAACAGCAGCAGCAGAACGGACUCGUCUUGAAACCAGAGAAGCACGCCACCAUUCCACUGCAAUCGUUUUACCUUGAUUGCGGACGCAACGAGGCAUCGCCGGCAACCAAAUCGAAUGUUGCCUAUAUGCGCACCCUGUCGGCGCCGAAUGGUGGAGGAGGAACAGGAGGAAGAGGAGCAGGAGCAGGAGCAGCCGGAGGAUCUGGUGGUGCAGCACUCCCCCCGCAGAGCCAGCGCAAGAGUCUGGCCUGUCCCCCACUUAGUGGCCAAGCGGACACAAUAACUCCGACACCGGCAACUCAUAAGCUGACAAAUUUCCAAAGCGCAUUGAAAAUCGAGGAGAUGGCGGCGGCCAAGGGAACGGCGGUGGCGACGGCGAUGGCCACAGGUGAAUCGCAACUGGCGACCACCAUCGAGGAUUUGAAAUCUAGGCGACAGCGACAAUUGAGCGGCGGCGACAUGGACACAAUACUGGCCUCCCAGCCGCUGUCGAUGCCAAAACGGGUGGGCAUUAAUCAUGCGGCGCUGACGAGCAGAAAUGCCAUAACCCCGCCGCCGGCGUCCGCCGCCAUCUCAUCCGCCUCCCAAUCAGCCGCCACCGUUCACUCGGCCAAAGGCUCCUCCUCCUCUUCCGUCGCCGGCAGCACACCCGGCUACCUGGUGGAUGUGACCAAAAAAGGAUCCACAUCGACCAUUUGGACCUCGGAGGAGUCCAUUCUGCGCAGCGUUGGCGCCGUCGAUGAAGACAAUAACUCCACUUCGUCUUCCUCGGCCUGCGAAGAGGCCACGGGUGUCCUGAGUUCCGGCAAAUCGGGCAUUUCACUGGACUCCUCUGGACUGGACAACGAUAACAACGAGAGCGGCAUUGGCACAGCCACGCCGCCAAAGGAAAUGUCCCACUACUGGAAGAGCCACCACAUGCAGCAGCACCACCACCACCACCACCAUCAUCACCAUCACAGGAAGUGCGCCGGAAGUGCCCAGGACAACGAGUCGGUCAGCCUCUUUGAGGCGCUGCGCAAGAUGAAGUUCCAGAAGAGCGGUUCGGUGGCCUCCUCCGACGAUCCCGAUGUGCUGGAGGUGCUUAGCCAAUGCGGCAGUGGUGGCGAGGCCAAUGAGUCGCAGGACGACUUGUUGGACGAGGAGAAGGAUAAGAUGAGCAAGUCCCAGGAAUAUGAAGAGCUGUGGGAAUGCGACUGCACGGAUGGAGAUGCCAGUAGUGCGAGUGGUGGCGGUGGUGUCACCGCCACCCCAGUGGUUCUGCGACGCAAGUACACGGCACCACCGCCGAUUCUCGUGCCCAGAACCCAGCGGAGUCACUCCCUGGACCACUACCAUUCACCGCAGCUGCUGGUGCAUCCGCGGAAAGUCCUGCCCAUCCACCACCAUGCCAUCAAGAACAAGGAGCGGGGCCAACUGUCGCUGGUCCUGCGACAGGAACCAUUCCAGUCUCUUCUGAGUCCUUCGGCCACUGCAGCAAAUCAGUUGCACCACUUCGUCGAACUGCCAUCGCCCAGCAGCGCCUCGCUGCACAGCGGAUUGGGUGAUUCUGGUGGCAUCCAGGAGCUGUGCACCAAGUCCAACUCGGCGCCGAUGCUGCUCAAGGAGCGCGAAAUGAGCCGGCGAUUCGACAACUUUGACGCCCAGCAUUUGACGCUGCGCUAUUCUCGUUCGCAGAGUGAUCGCUAUUUAGCAGAAAUCGAAGCUGUGGAGGCCUGCAAAUGGCUGCGAGCUGCAGGUUUUCCGCAAUAUGCGCAGAUGUAUGAAGAUCAUCAGUUCCCGAUCGAUCUGAACAAUGUAGCCAAAGACCACACCAAUCUCGAGAACGAUCAGCUGCAGUCCCUCUACCGCCGGCUCUGCGUCCUCAAUCGGUGUGCCACCAUGCGGCUGGACCAAUCGCACAAGCCGCAAACACCACAGCAAAAGGAGGAAUCGGACGACGAGAACUUCGCCCUGAGCGAGCACUGGACAUUCCAACCGCACAUUCGCCGCUGGUCGCGGAUCGGGGAGAUGGGCCUGGAACUGCCGCCGCCGGGACUCUUGAGCCUGAACGUGGAGAAGACGGAGAGUUCGUCGAAGGAGUCGAGUCCGGACCGCUUCGAAGAAGAUGGUGCUGGCAUCACGCUGGUGAUACCGGGCUGCAGUAAGGCCGGUGGUGUCGCCAACGAUGGAUCUUCGCUGGGCGAGGGAUCCGAUAGCGGUCGCUUGAGAAGAAGCGGCAGCGAAAGGAUCAAGGAUCAGGCCAAGGCAUUGCUGAGACGAGUGGAGUCCAUCAAGUCGCGACGUCGCAAGCGACAGAAUCGCGAGAAUGUGGUCAUCAGUGGGCCGACAGUGCUGGACCUCUCGCAGUUUGGCCAGAGGAGCAGCUUGCGCAAACCGGAUGCCGUAUACUCCACCCCGCCCUCACCCUCGGCCCUGAGCCCCAUGCACACAUUCCCCAAGGCGCCGUUCUUCGGCAACGACCUCAAGGUGCCCAGUCACAGUGACAACUUCCUCAGUCCCAAUCGCUCCAGUCCCAAGCGGACGCCCACUACGCCGCGUUCGAUGAGGACCAGUCCGCUGCACUUCUUCUCCAGUCCCAUGUCGCAGCUGAAGGAGGGCAAGUCCGAUGACUCCUCGUCGUACUACAGCGACAGCCAGGAAUCGUCCACGGGGGGCAAACUGUCCCUGCGAAAGCCCUCCAAGGCUCGAAGAUUCCUGCAGCGCACGGGUAAGGUCGAUGACAUCGGCACCCAUUCCGAUUCGGAGUGUCAUCAGGGACGCAAGCUGCUCAUAAAGGACGCCAACUCCAAUACCACAGAGGUCAAGGUGAAGAAACUGACUCGCGGCGGUUCGCUGAAUCUGGGCAAGGAUCCCAAGAAACGUGACGGCUUCCGUUCCUCAUCCUUCCGAUCGCGCAGCACCUCACGCAAGGAGGCCAAGAACGACGAGGAUCCGGCUGGUGGGACCACCAACGGUGGAUCUAAGCGACAGCCCGUGGUGCGUUGGCACAGUUUCCAGAUGGAGGAGCGCCCCAACAUGAUAUUCCGCAAGUGUUUCUCCAAGAAGAUCGAGCCCCUGCAGGAGGACGCCGGAGGAAUGCCAUUUGCCGCCAUGUCGACGGGUCAGCUGCAGAUAAUCCGCAAGCUGGCACUGGUCACGCUGACCGGACACAUGGAGCGGUACUGUCCAUCUCAUCGCUCGGGCUGGAACUGGGAACUGCCCAAGUUCAUCAAGAAGAUCAAGAUGCCGGACUACAAGGACAAGAAAGUGUUUGGAGUGCCGCUGCUGAUGAUCCUUCAGCGCAGUGGACAAACCCUGCCCUUGGCCGUGCGUGCCGCAUUCCGCUGGCUCCAGCUGAACGCCCUCGAUCAGGUGGGAAUUUUCCGGAAAAGCGGCGGAAAGUCGCGCAUUAUGAAGCUGCGCGAGCAAAUCGAGGUCACCGAUUCCACGGCCGAGUGCAUGGAUGUCUUUGAUCUGCAACAGGCCUACGAUGUGGCCGACAUGCUGAAACAGUAUUUCCGCGAGCUGCCCGAAUCUCUGCUGACCACCAAGAUGUCCGAGACCUUCGUGGCCAUCUUCCAACAUCUCCCGGCCGAAGUGCGACUGGAUGCGGUGCAAUGUGCCGUGCUCCUGCUGCCCGACGAGAACCGGGAAAUCCUGUACGUGCUGCUCGAGUUCCUGACCAUUGUGGCGGCCAACUCGCAGCAGAACCAGAUGACCAGCAACAACCUGGGCGUGUGUCUGGCCCAAUCCAUUUUCCACUCGUCCAUCUCGACGGGCUCCGCCUCCGUGUCCGCCUCGCCACGUCGCAAGGGCAAGGGGUCCGGAAUGCCGGACAUGAAGGAGCUGGCGGAGGCGAAGGCCUCCCACGAGUGCCUGUCCUUCAUGAUCGAGCACUACAAGCAGAUCUACACGGCGGCCAAGGAGAAGCUGAGCAAGUGCAACUUCAGCUACAUGGAGGAGUCGAAGCCACUGCCCCUGGAGGCGCUGGGCGAGGGAAUGCAGUUCCACAACUGGCGGGGAUACCUCUACGAGUGCACCAGUGCCACCAUCAAGGAGGGUCGCGAAAAAACCCGCGGCUGGUUUAGCAUCAAUUCGCUGAACGACAGCAGCGUGGACAUUGCCUACAAAAAGGUGGGCGACGGCCAUCCGCUGAGACUGUGGCGCUGCUCCACGGAGAUCGAGGGACCACCGAAGGAGGUCCUCGAGUUCGUGAUCAAGCAGCGAGCCUCCUGGGACACGAAUUUGCUGCAGUGCCAGACGGUCAAGAAGCUGGACGAUCGCACGGAGAUCUACCAGUACGCCCUGGACGGCCAACUGACCACGGACUUUUGUGUGCUGCGUUCCUGGCAAACGGACUUGCCGCGCGGUGCCUGCGUCAUCGUGGAGACCUCCAUCGACCACGCCAAGGCGAAGCCUCUUUUCGGGGCGGUAAGGGGCGUGGUCCUUGCCUCGCGGUAUCUCAUAGAGCCCUGUGGCAGCGGCAGAUCGCGGGUUAUGCACUUGGCUCGCGUGGAUGUCAAGGGCAAGACACCGGAGUGGUACAACAAGAACUACGGACACAUAUGCUCGCACUACUUGUCGCGCAUUCGCCUGGCCUUCAAGCACGUGGCCGAUGGACCCGAAAGCAAGGUCUAAAGAUACAUAAACUAUAAAAAGGAUAUAACGUUGUCUGUCGCAAAACUGACGCAUUUAUACGUAAUUAUAUGCUAGCUGGAGGAUGCACUCCGAAGUCCCCACUUCGAACAACCCAACGAUUAUGCAAAAAUAUCCAACUAAACCCACGGACCACAAACAUGAGCUUGCGUUUCAUCCCGAGAAAAGGGGAUGAAACGAGAUCAGAGAGAAUAUAUUCUUGUAAAUACACUUAGUAGGUUUGUUCACUUAGUUUAGUCGCAUUAGACGUAACUGUUUAGUUUACUGUAUUAUAUUUAUACUUAUACGUGCUCCUAACUUAUGCGCAUACGUUUACUGUACGACAAUAGCAAUCUAACAUCCAAAAUACUCAACACACGUAAAUAUCACAAAGUAUAUAUACAUAUAUAUAACGAUUUCUCUUGCUAAAGUUUACAUCUACGUUUACGGCACUCCAAAUCUUUAAUGUUAAUUAGUUCGUAGUCUUGGCAAUAUGUUAAAACGUAUAUUCGGGAAAACAGAAAAAAAGGAAAAAGGAAAACAGAAAGCAGAAAGCAGCAAAAGCAACCUUAAAAUGUGUAAAGCAAAUUCAACUAGUCAAAUUUUAUAAAUUUAAGCUAAAGUACUAACCUUAAAUACACUCAUCAACAACCACUUUGACACUCAAUAGUUUUGUCAGCAGAUAUCGAUUGAUUUGGCUUCAGGUGUUGAUUGAUUGACGACACUGAGAUGUACGAUUGUUUCCAUUAUGCGGUGUGAAAUCAAAAUGAUUGUCACCAUCAUUAGUUUAUGGAUGUGCCCUAAGAUCCCCGAUCAAUAUAUAUAAAUAUAUAUAUAUACUAUACUACAUAAUAUAGUUUUAUAUGUGUCUAUAAAUACGUUACCACAUAAAUCUAUAAUCGAGUGUACGAGUUACCAAUGAAUGCCGGUGAUGACAAGGAGCAGGCAGAUCAGAAACACUGAAACAAACUAACCAAUGUGAAGUGUUUAGAAGGGAGCAGUAACUCAAGUACUCGAUGCAUAAAGGAAAUCGCAAUAAAAGUGCAUAUUAUGGAA